AGCCAAUCAAAGGCCGAGAUGGCGCGCCGCAGCCAAUCAGAAAGCGGCUUCGUGUGCACACUUACUUGGACGGCAGGCCUGGGGCCAUGGACGGGACGAGUUGUGCCCUCGUUAAGAUCUCAAAUUUUUAGCAGUUUACUUUCGACACCAGCCCAUACGGAGCCGCUCGCUUGGGCGCCGUCAUGGGGGAAGUCGAGGGAUCCUACCGAGUCCUGCAGACCCCGGCCACAAGGCUGGGGGCCCAGUUCAACGCGGGCAUCAGCACAUUGGAGCCCGGCCAGAGCCUCAGCACCAACGUGGUGGUGGUCGGCGGCCCCGCCGCCCCUACGGGUCCUGGUCGGGGGUUGCAGGUCCGCGUGCAGGGUCUGGACGAGUCCCAGGAGUUCUUCCAUUUCGACCCAAGAGCUUUUGGGCAGGACCUUCUCUCUGAGGUGUUUCUGCGAGGGAACCUCAUCGAGAACGAUUACUUUGGGCUGGAGUUUCAGAACAUGCAGAUGAACUGGCUUUGGCUGGAGCCCACCAAACUGAUCGUGAAACAAGUCAGAAGACCGGCAAAUUCUCUGUUUAGACUGGCUGUGAAAUUCUUCCCGCCAGACCCUGGUCAGCUGCAGGAGGAGUUCACCAGGUACUUGUUCUCUCUGCAGAUGAAAAGGGAUCUGAUCGAGGGACAGUUGAUCUGCACAGAAAACACCGGAGCCCUCCUCGCCUCGCACCUCGUCCAAUCCGAGAUCGGCGACUACGACGCGGCCGCCGACCGAGACUUCCUGAUGAACAACAAGCUGCUGCCCUACCAAGAGAAGGUGCUGGAGGCCAUCGUAGACUUCCACCGCAGACACCUUGGCCAGACCCCCGCCGAAUCAGACUUCCAAAUCUUAGAGAUUGCCCGCAAGCUGGAGAUGUACGGCGUGCGCUUCCACCCGGCGGCCGACCGGGAGGGCACCAAGAUCAACCUGGCCGUCGCUCACAUGGGUCUUCAGGUCUUUCAGGGCCUAACCAAAAUAAACACCUUCAACUGGUCCAAGAUUCGCAAGCUGAGCUUCAAGAGGAAGCGCUUCCUGAUCAAGCUCCACCCGGAAGUCCACGGCCCCCAUCAGGACACUCUUGAGUUCAUGAUGAGCAGCAGGGACCAGUGCAAGGUCUUCUGGAAGAUCUGCGUGGAGUAUCACUCCUUUUUCCGUCUCUUUGACCAACCCCAACCAAAACCUAAGACCAUACUUUUCACCAGAGGCUCUUCUUUCCGAUACAGUGGGCGGACACAGAAGCAGCUUGUCGAGUACGUGAGGGAAAAUGGAGCCAAGAGAACGCCAUACCAGAGGAGGAACAGUAAAAUCCAGUCGUCGUCUCACUCCCUCUCGCCGGACGUGCCGAAACAGAGCUUGUCGUUCAACGAGCGUCUCCGGACGCCAUGCGCCCCUCCGUCGUCCUCCGUGUCCUUCCAUUCGCUGCACAUCUCCGGCGUGAGCCCACCAAAAGACCACCAAGCUCACCACCACCAUCAGCAGCAGCAGCAGCAGCAGCCGCCUUCACCCGCCGAAGAAGCCGUGAACGGCACCGAUCCCCCGUCUCCCUACGCUUUCCCAGACGUGGCAUUGGACAGACCCCAGCUGUCCCCCUUGGACGCCGCCGGCCCCCCCUGCCUGUCGGCCUCCUUCCAGAUGUCCACGCUCGGUCUGCCGGCCCGGGCCGCCGCCGCCGCCGCGCCUCUGCAAAGCCCCGUCCUGAGCGAGGUGGGCGGCGAUGCCAGACCGGAGGAGGAGGAGGAGGAGGAGGAGGAGGGCAGGAGGAAGAGGUAUCCCGCCGACAAGGCUUACUUCAUUGCCAAAGAGAUUUUGACCACAGAGAGAACCUACUUGAAGGACUUGGAAGUGAUCACAGUGUGGUUCCGCAGUGCGGUGGUCAAGGAGAACGCCAUGCCCGACGGCCUGAUGACGCUGCUCUUCUCCAACAUCGACCCUAUAUACGAGUUCCACCGCGGCUUCCUCAAGGAGCUGGACCAGCGGCUGGCGCUCUGGGAGGGCCGCUCUAACGCUCACGUCAAAGGCGACUACCAGCGGAUCGGUGACGUGAUGCUGAAGAAUAUGUCUGCUCUCAAGGGCUUCGUCGGCUACCUGCGGAAGCACGACGAGGUGCUGACGGAGCUGGAGAAGGCCAGCAGGCGCCUGAAGAAGCUGGAGACGGUCUACAAGGAGUUCGAGCUGCAGAAGGUGUGCUACCUGCCGCUCAACACCUUCCUGCUCAAGCCCAUCCAGCGCCUCGUGCACUACAAGCUCAUCCUGCAGCGCCUGUGCAAGCACUAUGGGCCUGCCCACCGCCACCACAGCCACUGUAAAGAGGCUCUAAAGGAGGUGGCGGAGAUGGCGGCGCAGCUCCGGAGCAGCCUCAUCCGCCUGGAAAACUUCCAGAAGCUCACCGAGCUGCAGCGAGACCUCAUCGGGAUCGACGACUUGACGGCGCCGGGCAGGGAGUUCAUACGGGAGGGCUGCCUGUACAAGCUGACCAAGAAGGGGCUGCAGCAAAGAAUGUUCUUCCUGUUCUCGGACAUGCUCCUCUACACCGGCAAAGGCGUCACGGCAACCAAUCAGUUCAAAGUGCACGGACGGCUGCCCCUCCGCGGCACCAUCCUCCUAAUUCUGGAUGCUCCGGUGGAGGAGAGCGAGCGGGAGUGGGCGGUGCCUCACUGCUUCACCGUCUCCUCUGCGCACAGGACCGUCGUGGCGGCGGCCAGCUCCAAAGCGGAGAUGAGCAAGUGGAUCGAGGAUCUCAACGUGGCCGUCGACUUGGCCAAGAAGUCUCAGGAGAAGUCCGCCGUCUUCCCGGACGGAGGCCUCACCGAUCACUCCAAUCGCUCUUCGGAUGAGGUUUCUCCGGAGCAGGAGUCCGAGGACGACGUGAACUCGUCUCGCGCGUCACCGGACGAGCGGACGCACCACCGCGCCAACGCCACCGUCCACGUGUGCUGGCACCGCAACACCAGCGUGUCCAUGUCAGACCACAGCCUGGCUGUGGAGAACCAGUUGUCGGGGUACCUCCUGAGGAAGUUCAAGAACAGCAACGGCUGGCAAAAACUCUGGGUGGUGUUCACCAACUUCUGCUUGUUCUUCUACAAGACGCACCAGGACGACUUCCCGCUGGCGAGCCUGCCGCUUCUGGGCUACGCGGUGAGCACGCCGGAGGAGGCGGACGCCAUCCAUAAGGAUUACGUCUUCAAGCUGCAAUUCAAGUCGCAUGUCUACUUUUUCCGGGCCGAGAGCGAGUACACCUUUGAGAGGUGGAUGGAGGUGAUCAAGAGCGCGGCAAGCGCCACGGGCCGCGUGAGCCUGCUGGUGCCCGCCAAAGGAGGCGGCGGCGGCCUCACCGAGAUGAACGGAAGCUGACGCGGACGAGUCGGCUUCUGCGCGCCUCCCUCCAUUAACCACCUUAACAUUGAUGUCUGCGCGUAGGCUCUUUCAAGUUUGACUGGAGCGAUUUAGCAAGGAAGGUGAAAAGCAGGUCUUGCGUUGAAGGAGCGGAGACGUGACGAAGACGGCGAAGACGGCGAAGGUUCCUGAAAGUGCAAAGGAAGACUUGAGUGCGUCGGUGCUGCUGUUCGUGCUGGCCUUGAAUCCGUAUUUGUCCUGAACCUUGCAAGGCCGCUCCCUACUAAGAUGGAUGCUCUUAAACAAUUCACGGCGUAUUGCGUGGUCUCGUAACAAGAAGAGAGUCCGUCUCUACCGUCGUUCGAGUCGUCUAUUUAUUGUGUAGUGCGUGCGUGCGUGUGCGUGCAAGUCUUCCCGUUGAUUCCUUUUGAAAUAAUAAAAAGAUCAUUGCAGACUACAUGUUGGGCCUGCGCAACACAAACCUUAAUGGGAAAAAUGGGGUCAGUAUUUAACCCUUUCACAUUGAUAUCAAUUCUAAAAUCAGAAGUAUUCCAUGUAAAUGUGUGGUUUCUUUUUUUGAAAUACGUAUUUGUUAUUCAACAGCAUUUAAAAUGUCUGACUUGAAAAUGUUUGUAUGGGAAAUAAAUCACAGAUAUUGCAUUUUUGAUGAAAAUGAAUGGUCGUUUUUAUGUUUAGGAUAAAAUAUUGUAAUAUUUGCUUUUUAACACGAUUUAAAAAGUAUUUUGACUUUUAGAAAAUAAAGAGAAUUUGACUUA